CAUAAUUUCAAAUCUCAAAAUUGGGGUGAUAGCAAUGUGUAGUAGUCGCUGUGAAAAACUGAAAAAGCUGGAGGCGCAAUUCGGAACGGAAAGAAGAGGAACUUCGAGCACGAGCACGAGUGGAGGGGAGUAAUCAGGGAAUUAUGUAGGGGAGCGACAGGCGCGUUAAUCAACAGUUUCGCGGUGGUAACUAAAGCGAUUCGAACAUUGAAAAAUGCCUGUGACUGAAAUUGCCGGGAGACGCCAGUGCAUCCCUAUACUUUAUACAGAAGGCACACAUUAUGAAGUUGGUUAUGAUAUGGGCAAAACGUUCUCAGGCAUGAUCCACAACUUCUUGAAGAUCAGUACUUCCCUCAACCAUUGUUAUCUGCCAUGCUACGAAACUUCCGAGGGCCGAAAAGCUUACGAAGAUACUUUGAAUUGUGUCAAGUCCAAUUUUCCUCAGUACAUUAGAGAGCUUGAAGGUAUUGCUGACGGGGCUCAAGUUCCAUUCCAUAAGCUUUUUCUUCUGCAUAUGGACAAUAUAAUCGCCUACCCUUGCAGAAAAGAAUGUGAAGCAAAGCCUCAGGGCUGUUCCUCAAUUUGUCUCAAUGAAAAAGGGCAGGAAAUCCUGGGCCAUACAGAAGACGCUCUCAGCGAAACGCUGAAUCACUACUAUUACGUAGCUGCUCAUAUAAUUUCCGACAAACCUGAAGGAAAAUGGAAAGUCACUGAAGAGAAGUUCACAUCUCUAUGUUACGCUGGACACUUGCCUGGGUACACUAUGGGAUGUAAUCAUCACGGACUAGUGUACUCUGUUAACACUAUCAGCGCGAAGGUUUUGAGACCGGGAAAAAAUCCUCGUCAUUUCAUAACUAGAGCCCUUCUCUCAGCAGAAAAUUUCGCCAAGGCUCAGGAGAUCCUAAGAGACAGAGGAUGCGGCGUUGGAGACGCCUGUUCUGUCAACAUGACCUUUUUGAACCAAGAAGGCAACAGAUUGUUCCACAAUGCAGAAUUGGGACCAGCUGAUAAAACGGACGAGUCUCAGUUGAACAUAUUCACUGCCAGUCCUGGAGAAUAUUUUGCUCAUUGCAAUAAAUACUUGAGAACGAAAUUAGAUGAGGCUGAUCCAGAAAUGAGCAAAAGCAGCGUAUGCAGGAUGGAAGCGUUCGAUAAACAUGGUUCUCCUAAAACCAAAAAGGACGUUAUUGAGAUGCUUGGUGAUACCAGUAACUCCAAGUAUCCUGUAUUUAGAGAUGAUCCAAAUGAUCUCGUUAUGACAAUUGCAGUUGGUAUAUUUGAUUGUGUGGAGAAGACCUGGAGCUUGUAUUCGGACAAUCCCAAGAAAAAUGACCCUUUAGUGGUAUUGCCGCUUGUACUGCAAAAAUAAUUCUAGUUAGGCUGCCAUAAGGCUCGGCUUGUGUCUUUAAUGGAAAUACUUAUGAUACUUAACAAUAUAUUUAUAAUCGAAAACAGAACACAGCUUGUUUGUCUUUUAGGAAAUGAAUAAAAAUUGCUGUAACUUG